CAAAAAAAAACCAGGUAACUAAAUACACUAGAAACAGGACUCCAGUCUUCAGGUACCUAGAAACACAAGAACUGUGAUCUUGUUCUCUGAGAAGAAUGUAUCACAAGAGGUGGUAAGAACUUAACAGAGGAAUGGAAGGGAACACAGGACAGACAUUUAGGAAACCCUUCCACAUCCUUAUGUACCUUAGGAUGGAAAAACCAAACAAGGACUGGGGAAAGGUGCACGUAUAUAAAAAUAUUCAGAAGAAAAUGAAUACAAGAAAUUUUAACACAGAUAAGAAAAACAGAAGAGAAAAAGAUGACAUUAUGGGACAUAAAGUAACCUGUAAGUUAAGAAGAAGAGUGUGCAGAGAAAAAAUAAACCACUAUCACAAAAAGCCUCAUUUUAAAAUGGAGACAAAUGUAAAUCUGAUACACAUUUGAUUUAAAUCAAAGAUAUCUACUACUUGCAUAUUAAAAAGAUGAGUUAUGUAUUUAAUCCUGUAAGACAUACAGCAAAUCCUCGCAAAAUACUAGGAAGGACUGAAGAUGUAGAGUAGGAUUAAGGACCAAAUAAGAAAAGCAGAGUGUUUAUUACCCUUUGAAGCCAUCUUCUGGGGAGUCAAGGUCAGUAUAAUAGAGAGUUAGAAGCAACUAUGCUCAAGCUUAAGAAACAAUCUAUCAGAAAUUUGGGGUGGUCCUAUUUCUUAACUUAUACCACAUUAUAUUUGAAAUAAAACAAAGUUCUCAGGUACGUAGUGAAGAACAGAGCUGUCACAAAAAGAUUACGUGUAUGUUUUCACAAAAAGCACAUGUACUGUGUGCAGUAACUCAGGUCAGACAUGCUGCUGUAACUGCUGACUCAUUCCAACAGGGAUCCACCACUGCUGAAAUAAAUGGCAGCACUACCUUCAGGACUUAUGGAUUGUAUUCUAAAAAUCCAGAAAUAUAAGAAAGUGAUAAUGCAGUAAAGAUUGUCUAACACACCUGCACAUGACUGCACUGAGACUCCUCAGGUCAUUUUUGGGACAAUUUUAAGAACUUUGUUUAGGAAGGAUUUGCAAGUUGUUUCCCCACUUUUUCCCAUUCACUGAAGAAAAGCUGUAUUAUAUGUACAAUGGGGAGUGCAGAGAACCCGAAAUACUACAGCUUAUGAAAUCUCCAUUUAGAAGAGUUCAGAAAUUCUUCCUACUUGGGGACAUUGAACUCCAAAAGCAGAACCCAAAGCACUGCCUUUGGAGCUUGUAUACUGCUUGAAAAUGUAUACUGCUUGAAAAUAACCCAUGCCACUUCUCUUCCACCUCAUAACAGCGACAGCCUCUCUCUUCCUCCAGAUCAAAAUCUUCCACAGCAAGUUGUGUUAGGGAGGGACCAUACUGGAAGGGUAUAUGCAGAACUAAAACCAGAGAACAACAUACAAGCAAGACGUUUUCAGGUUCCUGUGCUCCAAGUUCAGAUGAAACACUUUCCCAGCUGUCAGUAAAACAAGUUUCUAGAGUCAUUUUCAAGACCAUACAGCCUUGAGCUAGCAAGUACAUAGGAGGGUCAGAAAACACCUUCAUGCUUAAGACAUAGGAGUUCUCCCACCCUGACAGUCACACAGCGACCUCAGAAAGGUAACUCUAAAACAUCUUUUCUCUUGUUUCCAUAUUUAAAAAAAAUGCCAAAGCACACUAUCAGUACUGACAGGCAGUCAUAUGAAGCCUAAUACAACCCAGACACACAUUUCCUUCAUUAAGACAAGCACCUGACUAAAGAAAACUCCUAUGCUUGCUGCACUUUGAGAACAAAGUUUCUAAAACAGUAUAUUUUGGAAAAUAUUCAUCCAGUGGAAAACUAGUAAAUACAACAACAGAGCCAAGCCACCUGAAAGCACAAGUACACACACCAAGACCACUGACAGUCUAACCCAGCAGAGAACUGCAGUUCAGCAGACCAGAUGAGCCUCAGACACAGAGGAUAAAGAAUAUGGUCAUUUUCUGAACUUAUUCAAAAAAAGCAAAAUGCAUUUUUUUCUUUAAUCCUGCAGCACACAAGCUUGUUUUUUUUUCCUCACAGAAAGUUACCAGCAAGUGUUACUCAGCUAUUUUCAGCUUAAAAAGUCUUAUUAAAAAAAACACAUCUGUUCUUCUCAGAAGAAUUCAUAGCUAUUAUUUGACACUCACUGAACACCACCACUCAUUUGAGAAGCUACAAAGGUCCCAUCAAUUAAGAAAAGAGAUGUCAUUUCCUUGCAUUGUUAAGACUUCAGACAGCUCUAACAGCAGCAAGCUAUAGGCUCGUGGGCUCUUGCUGCUGCUUCUAGAACAUAUGGGGUUUAAACAGAAAAUAAAGCUUCAUAAACAACGUUGUGAAGUCUGCUGUGGCAACAAAUGCCUGUAUCACUGUUUCAGCUAAGUAUUCUAAAGGCACACCUGAGGCAAUUCAGGCCGUGCUGUUCACAGUGCUUACCACAGUUGGUUUUGGUCCCAAGAGUGGAGCUACUGAAGUCAGGUUUUGUAUUCUACACGUGCAGGAAACUGCAUCCCCAUUACCCACUGUGGAAUUAGAAACAUACAGCUCCAACGAGGUGACACAACUCAGUGUUUGCCAAGAUCAAAAAGAAGGGAGAUACCAUCUCUCCUAUAAUUUGAAGUUCCACAGCAUUAAAAAAAAUUAAGAAACAAUAAGAGGCAGCGAAGGGGGCAGUUUUACUGCAUCUGAGGAUGGUAUCACCCAUGACUGAGAAAAACUUCCAAACAAACCAGUACUUCAGCAUGUCGCACCAGGUGCUGACCUGAUAACACAGUUCUGUGGGAGCCAAGAAAAGGCAGCGUAUCCUUUUUCUGGUACUGAAGCACCAUAGCAAGUAAUAUCCAAGGACGUAAGGAAUGUUUCAAAACAGAUCAGGCAUGACAUGAUGCUGAACAUUAGGCAGAUCAAUCAAGAAACCGACUUUUAACAACGUCCCAGUACAUCCACACUGCAAUCAGCUCUUUUCAGCUGUCACGACCAGUUCAGAGUCAGUACUUGGCAAUGCUUUCAGAAAGAAAAAAUGAAAACGCAGUCUAUGGUUUUGCCUUGGACUAAUUGACUGGACUUCCUGAAGAGAAGGAGCAAGAAAAAAGGGCACCUCUGUUCAAGUCUGUCACAAAGCCAGCAAUGAUGUUUACAGAAAAUUUCAGAUAGAGCCCAGUGGUAUGCAGCCAAAAAAGCCUUCAGCUGUGCAACAUGGAGCUGAAGAGAGAUUGAACUGCAAAGGGCAAGACUGGGAUUCUGGGACAUGGCUCCAUGGCAACAUGUUCACGUCGAGACCUUAACCACUGCCAUAGCAAACAGUGCUGCUCUCCACACUGCCUGUCUACAUUUCCUAUGACACGCUCAGCACUUGGAGAAAAUGAGCACAAAUAGCAAGACUGACAGCAACACCGCCUGCUCUGAACAGGGGGAAAACCUACGGGGCUCCAAGUGCCUUCAUUUGUUCUAUUCUUUCUGCUGCAAACUACACAUUUCCACACUAAAAAGACAAAAGAAUUCCUUCGCAGCAAAUGUUUUGAAUGGCAUACAAAUAACUUUGCCUACACAAGUAAUUCUGCAGCUCAUUUUACAGAAGAAUAGAACAAGUGGCCGUAAGAUAACUUUUCCAAAUAAAUGCUACCCUCCCAUCGGGACAGCAUUUACCUACAGAACACACACAGAGAAGUGACUCACCUACAGCCAGAGUCAGUGAUGGAAAUCCAAAGUCCUGGUGAUAUUUUCUCUCUAGAUUUUCUCUCCCUUCCUAAAUUCUCAAUCCCAACUGCCACUCUUAAACAUGCUAUCGAACAUCACUAUAUUCUUCACUAAUACUACGGCUACUCCCCAGCACGAGUGAGUCACAAAAUGCAGAUAUACAAGAGUGUUUAAUUCCAUAAGACACACCUGGAAAUCACAGUGUAGCCACUUCAUCUGCUGUACAGUCACAUUAUGUUUUCAAGCCGUUCAUCCAAAUCAGAUUAGAAAACAUGCGACUGGACACCAUAAGCUUUCCACAGUGCAAAAUACAUUCUGUAAGAAUGUUUAGGAAAAAAACACUCAUAUCACACCACUGAUGAAUAGAAAGCCUUCUCCAGAGGAUACCUGACUUCACUGGAGUAUAUAGGGAAGAGUCGAGAGCAAGUCACAUCACCUAUCCCACAGGCUUACCAUAAUGGCAGCACUACAUUACUUGCACUGGCUCUGAAGGUCACACUAUGCCUACCACCAUUUUAGGUGCUGUGCCUGAACAUGUAUUAAAAUCGUUCCAUACUAAUGAAGCAAAGAAUUAAAGUUUUGCAAUUUAGUGUUGGGGGAAUGUUAAAGAAAAAAAAAUGAGGGAGGAUUUUGUUCCCUAAGCAUAAAAGUCUACAUUAAUAAUUUUCCCAGCAGGCCUUCAGUAGUUUUAGUGCAAACAACCGCAGCCUUUGUUUCUCAGAUCCUCUUACAUAUGACGUUCGAUGAAAGCCCUCAGAUCAGCAGCUCAUGAAGGGGGGAAAAAAGUGAGAAAUACAACUGCAUUGCAAAGUUGUCCUCAGAGUUCAGCUGAGUAGUGCAGCACGACGGGUGCUCUGUGCAUUCUUUCAGACUGAAGAUUUUCCUUAAAGGAACUCUCCCAAUUUGCUCUAAUUUGUUAAGCAAGAGAGAGAGAGAACAAGUGUAAAUAUUUUCACUUACUGCAUGGAACCAGUUUCACUGCAUCUUUAAAGGCAGUAACCUAGCUAGUCUGCACUGUUUCACUUCCUGGCUUUGGCAAAAUCCUGUUACUAAUUUCAUGUUUUCACAUAGGAGCAACAUGGAGAAACAGCCAGCAGAUUUACAUCUUCUGACCAGAAUUAAACUACAGCUGAGCAGGGACCAUAGGCUACACUACCAGCUGCAGCCCACACUUCCUUAGCAGAGCCACUCAGUAGGCCAGGACACGAGGACAAGCAGCAGCACUGGAGAAGCAGCAAGAAGACAAGAUUCCCCUCUCUACCUCAAUUAACAGUAGCUACACUCGUUAGGAAGAAAGUAUCAGAGAACCACUUGUUUCUCAGCAGCAAUCUCAGAGCUUUUUACAUUCAGUUUUUCCAGAGGAAUUUUGGCCUUUUGAACUUGCAAGUAAAACUUUAAGUAAGAUUAAACAAAUCUAAAUAAGAACCUUGGUGACAGAGGGGAGGGGAAAACGCACCCCUUCCACAAGUAAGCAUUUGAGGAUUUCUCCUUGCCUGCUAAGGGUUUGUGUUGGGUAAAGGAAAAUGCUCCUAACAAACCAGCAUUCUUUUCCACAUGAUCAGAGCUAACCAGCCCCCCUGCAGGCAAAGUGACCAAUUGAAUCAGCUUCAGAUGAAAACCAGCCCCCCUGCACUAUAAACACCGGAACGAGACAUACAAACCCUUUUUUUUUUUUUUUUUUUUUUUUUUUUUUUGAAAAGGAGAUCUCUACCAAUCACUUGUGGGAAGUUCCCUACCAGUGCUGGGACCAAUACACAAGUGGUCCCUUCUCUAGAGCCCAGGCACACUCCUUCUCCCACAUAGAAGCAAAUCUUCAAAGACUGGUAAGUACCCUAAGCAAUUUCUCUUACUGUAUGUUUAGCAAUUAUUCUGUCAUUCUGUAAUGAAAGAAAAUGAAGUUGUUUCUCAGGGCACAAAGCUUUAUUUCUAAAACUCACCAAAUUCAAUAUCACCUUACACAAAAGCUUCCGAUUUCCUCUGCUGAAGAAGAAAAAGCUCUCAAAUGAUCUCAAUCACAACAGCACACAGAGCAAAACCAAAGCCAUCAUGCAACGUUCUUGCAGAAAGCUUUCAAGAUCAACACUUUGGGAAAGACUCGGCAAUGCUCUGCAAACAAGGGAGCAUCACAAUUCUACCAGCCUAGCAGCAAGAAGGCAAGAUUCCCUAUUUCUACCUCAACAAACAGUAGUUACACUCGUUAGGAACAACACACUCAUUACACGCACAGUACUAAGGAGAAAGCCUUCCUCACCUCUUGUUUCAUCAACCAACUCAGCAUUUCACUUCAGUUCCACCAAAAAUGCAAGAAACCAGCUCCAUCUCUUCAGAUCUGCUUUUAACAUUGGUAAUUUAUUGUCAUGUCUUCAAUCACUUUCAAUCAAUGCAUUCUGAUCUACUGCUUACAGACACACUGCUGUGAGCUAGCACUACUGUCUUAAGAAUCCAUUAAUGAACAUCAAGUGUCAACUGCCUAGAAAGCUAUCAGUGCUCUUCAAAAACACCAAGGUCUUCAUGAAUCAAGUCUCUAACAAGUCAUUCUUCUGUGCUGUAAUACUCUGUCCCAUUUCACCUUUUUUUUCUUUCCUUCUCUAAAGUCCACUCUGUAAUAAACAGUCAGUGAAGGUCAAAAGUAAAGCUUUGGUAUCCUAUGUUUUGUGUUAUUUGCUGUGAAAAUCAUGACUUGGGCUCAGAAGAAGUUUUCAUCUUCACUGUAUUUCUUUAUGUUUGUAUUGAGUCUUGAAAACUGUUACCUUAAUUCUGCAGACUGCUUGGAAAAAAAGUUGUCACCAACUUCUAUUCUGUUCAUCUAAAUGAGGAAUUGCCUACAAAAUCUCAAGGACAAACAUGCUCAAAAUUCUAACUAUCCUACUCACAGCUGUAGCAUAAGUUUUCAACUAAAGCAGUUACAGUACUGACUGAAUUACCUACAUUUCUAAGACCAGCCUUAGUGCAGAUUAUAUGAUCCAGAGAAGUCAUCAACUCUGGAAAAAAAUUUGCUUCUUAAGGUUAACAUCAAAGCAUCAAGGAUCAUCACCCCAUGGAAAAAGAGCAAUACUGAGAUUUUAAUAGCAUAAAAGUGACUUAAAAAAAAGAUAAACCAGAAAAAAGGUAAUAAUCACAGCUUACAGCACCAAUAUUUAAUUCUGAAGUGUAAAGUUAUUCGAAGUCAGGUUCAGUAAAAAGGGGCAUGACACCAUCACUUGGGUUCUAAUUAAUCCUCAAGUUCUGCUACAGCUGUAAGCAGUGUUAGCAGUACUCUCAGGAAAUAGCAAGUCCUCUUUGACUGCCUCACUGCUGCAAUGAAGUGGCACACUAUAAACCACCUCAAAUCCCUUCUGAGAUCAACUGGAACAGAUUUUAAGAGUGGAAGUUGGGCAGUUAUGGCAGCACUGUAACUUUUCUCUGGGACAAAGCUCCACAAAACAGCAUUCCAGCUCCUAGAGGGGUUGCAGCUGCAUUAACUUAUCAAGCCAAAAGCUUGAGUGUCAUUUUCAGUGCCUUCAGCUGGGAAGACAAACAAAAACAUGAAGACUGCAAAUAAGUCCCCAUGGAUUAAAGGAUGCCUUAGAGAUGGAGGAAAGCACCACGGUGGUGCAGAGCACAAUGCUACUUCAAAGAGCUGUCACAACACAACAAAGCAAACAUCUCAGUAACAAAGCAAAGUGUGGGAGGGUAGGUGUGUUGGAUCAUGAAUUUCAGAAACGCAAGCAGUGUUCUAGAACUGUAAGCUCAAGUUUUUAUUAGCAAGUUGGACAGGUUCUAAACUGACCCAACCACUAAUAAAAGUUAAACUGCGGUACUCACCCUACCUUGGUUUGUCUUACAAGAUUGUAAGAAAGAAAGAAGUCAGAAUGAGGGACAAAGACAGUAAAGUAAGAGGUUUAAAAAAACUAAAAGAAUCAAAGAGAGUUGGUGAUAACCACUGAAUUCUCAAUAGACUGGAAACAGGAAGGAUUAGAAACACUGAAUGGAAAUUAAAGAUUGGCCAGCAAGCAAAGAGAGGCUUAAGAAAAUCUUAGCUGACAGCUCCUGUCUUUCUAGUCAGGGGUUAUCAGCUGGCAGAAGAAACACCCCAAAGCUACAGUUUCACAAGCCAACAACCAGGAAAAACAAAACCAAACAAGAAGCAUAUCAUAAAGGUUAAAAGAUGACAUUAGAGAAACCUGGUCUAGGAACCAUAUCCAUUCAGCACUGGAGACCUGUUAUCCAACAAAACACAAGUCAGAGUUGCACAUCUUCUCUAAAACUUACUCUGAAACUAGGAUUGAUGUGUGGAUCUCAAGGACAACACUGCACAGAAUCAGACUAGGUGGUCUAAAAUAUACUUUAUCAUUUUAUUAAUUUAUUACUAAGAGGGAGAUUAAGUUUUUUACUACAUUGGGCAAGGAAAGAAGUAUAUAGAAGACAAUUAUCUUCAAAUUUGAAGUCACACUUACUCAAGUUGAUCCUGCUUUUGAGAAAUUCAGUAGCCUGAUCCUCUAGCCUGAGCAAAUUAUUUCCCACAAGACAAUUAACUUUUUCACCUAUACUAAAACAACUGCAUCGCUCUUAAAGCUUAUUUACAGUUUCUUUGCCAUCGUUCCCUGCCCAGGAAGUUUAGACUCGUGGCCAAAGCUUCCAAUGCUACUGCUGCCAUCUACUCAGCUAGGUGAUGCUUUAAAACAGUGCUAGACAAGAAAGAUCAGAAGCCUCUAUCAGAUGAGAUCAGAGCAGUUACCUGGUGAACCAUACAGGUAAUUUCCCUGCUGAGAGUCUCAAGGAACACCAAGAAAGGACCAUUACAAAAUGCACUGCUGGAGGUUAAUGGAGGUUCCCUUUGCAGAGUACCCUUGACAUGUCUGUAAAGGCCCUUCUUCCACAGAAUACAUUGUAAACAACUUGAUGAAGAAGACUGACUGGAUUUUUCAGGCCCAAAUAACUUUGAGACUGUAAAGCAGAUGCUGCCCUCCAAUAAACCGUAAGAAUUUACAAGCACAUCUUUUUCCCUCAAGAACGCAUGAGGUUACACCUAGAGGUGCUUUGUCCUGUAGGUGUUCUCUGUUCAGACAAUCACAGAAUUGCAGAGGUCAGAAGGAACUUCAGCCACAUCUGGAGUACUGCAUCCAGUUCUGGGCUCCCCAGUUCAAGACAGACAGGGAAUUCCUAGAGAUCCCCACAAAGAUGAUUAGCAGCCUGGAGUGUCUCUCUUAUGAGGAAAGGCUGAGAGACCUGGGGCUGUCCAGUCUGAAGAAGAGAAAACUGAAAAGGCAUCUUAUCAAGACUUAUAAAUAUCUAAUGGGCAAGAGUCAACUGGAUGAGGUUAGGCUCUUCUCAGCCAGAACUACUUUAAUGUGAGGGUAACAGCACCAGCACAGGCUGCCCAAUGAGGUGGUAAAAUCUCCUUCUCUGAUGAUAAUCAAAACCCAACUGGAUGCUUUCCAGUGCAACCUACUGUACGGAACCUGCUUUAGUAGGGGGUGUGGACUCCUGAGGUCCCUUCCAACCCCUACAACUAUGUGAUUAUCAAGAGCAAGUAAACAGUCAUGAAAGCUACUGGUUUACAGGAUCAGAAAUCACAAAACAGUGGGUUUUUUUCAUUUAAAAUUCCAUCAAUUGAUUCUGAAUUUUAUGAUCAUUAGAUCCAGUGUGUUUCAACACAAAACUAAGAUGACUUUCUUUGACACAGAUGGAAUCCAGUUCCUUUAACUUGAACAUACACUUGUUUUACAUGCUGAAAUAUUCAGAAAAAGGGAAAAAAAAAUUGAUGAGAAACUGACAAAAGUGAUGAAACAUACCAUGUAUAAUUAUGGAUUGCAGAAUUUAUGCAGUUUUGGAAAAUCCUCCUCCUACAAAAAUACAUCCUUCACAGCUAUUUGUAAACAGAUCAUACACACUAAUUUAAAUUGUUACAUUAUUGUUCUAGGUGAACUUUAAGUAUUCAAUAUUUAACAAGUUUAGGAUUUGGGUGGUCAGCAUCUUCUGAAAGCCACUCAGCAUUCCUGAUGAGUUCAUUAAGUUCUGAUGCUAAAAAUGACAAAUGUCCAUUUUGCUUCCCACACCCACAAUUCUACCCUCACCCCCUAAUUUCCACACAUUUGCUGUCCUAUUUUUCUUAUUUGGUCACUAAUAAAAACACACCGCUUAGGCAGACUAAACUACAAAUUAUGUAUCAUCAUCUAUUUCAAGUUUUGCUUUCCUGCCCUUUUCUAACCUAUGCUUACAUAAGUGAACUCAGAAACAGCUAUGCCCUGAGUACUCUAAUUCUGUUUAGCUAGACAGAGUAGGUACAGACAGCAGUCAUUCCCUGAGCAAGAAAAGCCUGCAAGGACAUCUACUUGGGUAGAAAUGAGGUAAACUACAGCACCCCCUAAAAUGCAUAAUCAUGUACAAAAAUAACAUAUGGUAGUAUUGUUAACAGUAUUCAUCAUAGUAUAGGUAAACUAUUACACUCUGCUUUAGUUACAAAAAUUACACUAACAGUUACUAAACUAAACUGAUACAAGAAUUAUUUUCCAGAUACAUUGUGCCAACUCCCUCUCCCACCCAUCAAAAACUUAAAGCACGUGAUAAAUAUAAAUUCACUGAAGUAUACAAGUUAUAUACAAUGACUAAGCAGGGAAAAUGUGAGAAAUAGUUGCAUUUUUUAAAGUUAAUCUAUUUUAGCUAAGUAUUACCACAAAUAGUGGUAAAUUCCACCCCAGGCUCCUGACUUAAUCUUCUCUGGAUUGCAAUGUAUAAGCCCUCCUUUGUUGGCUGCAGUAUUUCAACCCCUGCUGAUGUGUCAAAAACUGUGAACAUUAGGCAAAACACAAAUAUGCUGCACUGCAUCAGACUAUUUUCCUCUUUUGUCUUUUCCAGAACAUGAGAACAGAUACGAUAGAGAGCAAUAACACCAAAUCCAGCGCUCCCCUCCUAACCCAGAGAUACCUGAGAAUGGUCACAAAGGAUGGACACAGCACAUUCCAGAUGGAUGGUGCACAAGGACAAGGUCUGGCAUACCUCCGAGAUGCGUGGGGAAUACUAAUGGACAUGCGCUGGAGAUGGAUGAUGCUUGUAUUUUCUGCUUCUUUUGUCAUUCACUGGCUAGUUUUUGCAGUGCUUUGGUAUGUGCUGGCUGAGAUGAACGGGGACCUGGAGCUGGACCACGAUUCUCCACCUGACAACCACACUAUCUGUGUCAAGUACAUCACCAGUUUUACAGCUGCAUUCUCCUUCUCGCUGGAGACACAACUCACCAUUGGUUAUGGUACUAUGUUUCCAAGUGGGGACUGCCCCAGUGCUAUUGCCCUGCUUGCCAUACAGAUGGUCCUAGGGCUCAUGCUAGAAGCCUUCAUCACAGGUGCUUUUGUGGCAAAGAUCGCGCGGCCAAAGAACCGGGCAUUCUCCAUCCGCUUCACUCGCUGCGCCAUAGUGACACACACAGAGGGGAAGCCAUACCUUAUGUUUCAGGUGGCUAACACACGCUCCAGCCCACUCACCAGCGUCCAGAUUUCUGCUAUUCUUUACCAAGAACAGGAGAACGGUCAGCUGCACCAGACCAGUAUUGACUUCCACCUAGACAACGUUACUUUGGAUGAGUGCCCUUUUUUCACCUUCCCUCUGACCUACUACCACUCCAUCACCCCAUCCAGCCCGCUGGCUGCUCUCCUCCAAAGAGAGGCCGCUCGCCACUUUGAGCUGGUCGUCUUUCUGUCAGCGGUGCAGGAAGGGACAGGAGAAGUGUGUCAGAGGAGGACGUCCUACCUCCCCUCAGAGAUCAUGCUGUACCAUCGUUUUGCCCCUGUGCUAGCCCGCAGUGCCAAAGGUGAAUAUCAGAUCAAGAUGGAGAAUUUUGACAAGACGAUUCCUGAGCUCCCAGCUGCAGCUGAUUCAAUGAAUCCAAGGAGGACUGCCAAGGAGAUCCGCAUCAACGGACAGCAUGUCGAGUGCUUCCAGCUCUCUGAGACUGGCCUCACAGAAUAGAGGGAACAGACUUUGGACUUUGUGCCUUUUUUUAAUUAUUGUUACAUUAAACUCUGAGGUCACAUCGACAACCUUCCUUCCUUGCCUGCCCUGUGAUCUUCUAAUGAUCUCUCCUGUUUUCCUCCUCCUGAUUGCAACACAAUAUGCAAAGCAAAGAGAACUGGCAUGCCCAUAUAAGCUUGGGAGAGGCUGGAUCGACCACCUAGGACAAAGGCAGGUACAAGAUUCACAGUACUGCUUCUGGGAAAUUAGAAGAACCACCAGCUGAAGUCACUAGGUUAUGAUUAAAGUUGUGUGACUCUGAAAGGAGAGACUUCCAAAGCUGACCAAAAUCCUAACCAACCAGUUUGUGACAAAAUUGGACAGCAAAAAUACAAGAGAAGACUCUCACACAAAACCAAUAUGGAGUCAUUCAGUCAAUACAUUAGUCCUUGGAUAAGCAAUUCAGUUGAUUUAAGACCCUGAUUUUUCUGUUAUUUUCACUCUUUGCGAGAUACUUGGUUACAUCUGAUUUCAGAGGGAUGAACUUACUCUUAGGAAGUAUUGCCAACCUCUCACAGCAGUGAGAAGUACCCCUGCUGUGCUUGCUUAUUAAGCAGAAAUGUAAAUACUAUCUGUAGUUUUUUGUUCCAUCAGAUAUGAGGAGAACUUCUCUUUGUCAGUCUAUGAAGACAGUAUCAAAAAAUCUUGAUGUAUAUGGCAAAUGCUGACUGGAAAUUUUUUUCAUAUUUGGAAACACCAAAUAAAUUAUUUAGCAGUGGAAACCAGACCAUCCUAAAUGAAUGAAUGUGGUUUUUUGUUGUUGGUGGUGGGUUUUUUUUUUCAUUACAAGGACAACAUGUUCUAUGCAUCCUCAACUGUGUGUGCUUCUCAAGUAGGUCUGACCCUGGAAGAUGCACUGCAUCCACAUGAGAAGUAGAACUGCAUCCAUUUGUAUUUUAUGCUUUUUAACAUGAAUCAUGCCUUUACGUACAGCACAGAAGUACUUAAAGACACCUGAAUCAAUUUUAAAAUAAAAAAUUAAGCUACAUGGGACUUCUGUAUUUAAGUGCCUCAUAAGUCUAUUGCAAUUAAGACUUAAAUCCAAAGCUCCUAAAUAGUUUAAAAAGCUAGAGAAUAAAUAGAACAAUGGAUAAUUAUUUACAAGCUCUUAACAAAAGCAAUGUCUAUUAUGUGUUCAUACUUGAAAAGUCAAUAUCAAAAGAGUUAAUUUCUCAAAAGUAAGAGACUUUUCCCACAAAUGAAGAUGGUCUAACUUUCACUUACAGAAGCAUAAUACUCUACAAAACAUGCUUCCUUUUAACUUCAGCAGUCAGCAGCAGGAAUAAAGGGAUCAGAUACCAUUAACUGAACUCUUCUUGAGCCUCAAAAUCAAACUGCAUUCGCAAACAGAAAGAGCUGAGCCAUUUAGCUUGCCUCCAACUUGUUUAAGCAGUUUGUCUGUGUUACAGAUUCUAACUGGAUUUGGUUUUGUUACAGAUUUUCUCAAAAUCUUUCAUGGAACUUAACUAUGUAAAAGCAUUAAUGAAUUCUGUGGAGCUUGCAGACCAACACAGUCAAAUUACACAGCCUUCAACUCUGCUUUUCUCAGUUGUUGACCCAUACACAGUUUAGAGACCCCUCCUCAAUCUUAUCAGUACCAAUAAUUUGCUAUUAUUUCCUUCUACAAUGUUAUUUGACACCUUCUCUCCCAAUGUAAUGUAGUGAGAAAAAUCUGACAAACUAAGAACCAGUGCAAGAGCAACAGAAUGGAUCUGUGUCAAGUCAGAAAUAACCAAGAACAGCACUGUUUGAGGUACUGCGUUUUCUCUCUCUCACAUACUCCAAUCUCAGACAAAUUACUGUAAAAUUCAUAUGUAUAAUCCCAACAGGGUGGCACUAUAAUCACGUUUUAGAGCCGCGGCCAUAAAGAGCUAUUUCUGUUUUCAAUUAACAUCUAAUCAAAGUGUUGGUUGCUCAGUCCAAUUUCUAAAUUGACUUGAGACUUAAAAACUGUCUCUUCUUUUUAAAAUCACUUCCUAUUCAUAGAUGUGGUAGAGCAGCAAGUAUAAAGAAAGAAUAAAAGAAUACUUUUAGUAUACCCUACAUGCUGUCUUCAAAUGCUACAUUUCUGAAUACUCAGCUGAAGAAUACUGCUGGAGCAAAUGAAACAUACAAACAACUGCACAGUUAUCUAUCUCAGAACAGUGCAGAACAAAAGGUAGGCAGAACAUUCACAUUACUUCCACUGUUCUGCAGAACUGGUGAACCACGGAGUCUCAGGAAGUACUGGAAACAGGCCAUGAUACAAAUCAGAAGCCCAGAAAAAAUUGCUCAUAAACAAGGAUGCAAAGCUGCAUUCUAAGCUUUCCGUAACGCUGCAAGAGCAAAUCUGUGAUGAACCUUCUUUAGAUAUACCUACCUAUAACAGUGAGCUAGGGAAGAAAAACAAGCCAGGAAAAAUGAAAAAUUCAGCACCCUUGUUGUAUUCACAGGAGCAGCCUUUUUACAUUCAAGUCUUCUUAACUUAAUCAAUAAACACAACUAAAUCAGGUUCCACAACUGACUUUCUAGAUGUCUUGUUUAAUCUACAAUUAUUUCUUACCAACGUGUAAUUGCUGGUAACUACUCAAAUCUCCGAGGCUACUAAGCUGGCAUUAGUCAAGGGGUUGCACAGAAAAUUAAGCAGCUUUCGUGCAACUCCAAGACAGCUGUGAUCUAGAAAACAACUUGCUCAUUUUCUUUGCUAAUAGCCUCAGCCUUCCGGAAGCAAUUUGCUGUCUCAAUAAAGUCUGUCAAAACUUAGUUUGCAAGAAAAACUCACAAAUACUUUGUGCAUCUUAAUUUGCAAAAUGAAACAGUUGACACCGAGCAUCAGCUAAAAGAGAACUUGGAAACUUAUCAGUGCAAAACCCCUUUGAAGAACUGGAUAUUCUUCAAUAUUUGAGAAGCAUUUCUCUACUGAAUUCUCCCCUUUUUAUCUCAUGAUUUUUAAUUGAAAGGUUCUUGCCUUGUCACCCAUUAUGAAUGCUCAGAAAAGCUUCCUCUCACCUGUUAUUGAUUUUGUAAUGUGAUCACCCCGAACAAACAAAACAAAGAAGUUGACAACUCAGUAAGCUACAUAAUUUGAGGCUGAUUUAAGGCCCCAUCCAAAAGCAAUUGAAAACUGAAGCACUGUAAAAUUAAAAAAUAAAAUCCUAAACUUCAAAUUUUAAGCAGAACAACAGAAACAAAUAGAUAUCUGCUAGAGCUCAUUAGCCUACAUUACAAGCUGCAUGUCAAUUCAUUCCAUCUUCUGCUUUCACUUCUAUGUGAAUGAUAUCCUAAUGUCUGGUUAACAAGGACAUCUUCUGGUACAUCUGUAUCCUUACUUGAUGCUUUAAGUAUCUUAUCAUUCAAAAGCAUGCACAUAAUAUUAACUACUUGUUUAUUAAUCAAGGUUUGAAUUAAAACGUAUCAGUACCUUCUGUGCAUUCCACCUUAUUUCUCUGAAGGUGGAGAGGAAAGAAAUGGUCUUUUCACUUACAGGGCCACGAAUCUCCAACAGAGCAAUAAUAAACAUAAAUGGCUAAUUAUUUUACAUUAAGACAUCACAAAGAUUCUACGUCUCGUCUCUUAUGCUGUGUUAUAGAGGUUUUGGUCAAAUAAGAUUAAAUCAGAAAAGUAAUACAACAAGAGACUUAGAGGAGGAGCAACCAGGUAUAAUGUGAAGUUUAAUAACUGGAAAUAAAUCACCUCAUCCUCUACAAUGAACCAGGACUUUAAGAAAGCACAAGGGGAUACCAUCUUUCCAUAAAAUCAUUCCCAGCAGAUGCACUCUGAAGUCCUGAUGACUGACAGUUAUUACCAACAAGACACGCUGCAGUAGGUGCAGCAUUAACACUAUGUUCAGGUCCAAGCCAGCUUCUGUAAGAACAUCUUGCACAAAUUAAGUUCUCAAGUUCUAUGCAUCUCAUCCAAAAGUGACUGGCAAUAUUCUCAUCAAUCUUAAUCAGAAACGUGGCACAACAUUCAGUCUGGUUCUUGUAGUGCUUUAUUUUCUCAGAGGAACAGGAAGGGGCUAAAUAAAUAACCAAUGAUGGUAGAUAAUGCUCUCGCUGUUGCCACAUUCAUUUGUCUUUUGUUAAAAAAAAAAACAGUCCUGAAACUUCCAGAGUAUUUUUUUUCCAUUCCCCAAAGGUCUAACUAUAAGCACACACUCAAGACAAACUUUCACUAUUGGAGAUGCAAAGAGGGGCAAUCUCAGAAAUCUCAAGUUGUUUUCAGGAGUAAUCUCUUUCAAGGAAAAGAGAAGAGGAAAACCAGCACUGUCCCAGUUAACCAUUUGUCAUCUUAAAAAGAAAAAUGAAAAGCAUUCUUUAAAACAUUAAAAAGAAUCAAUACACACAUGGAGAGAGAAUUCAGAGGGCUAUGAAAGAAAACAUGGUAGUAAGAUUCCUAAAAGCAUGGGCCACCAUGUAAAUUUGUAUUACUGAGAUAGAAACUCAUUACUCUCUCAAAAAAAGAAAUAAAACUACUGACUGUCAUUCAGGCAUUAAAACAUACUCCUAUCAACUCCCAAUUGCAAUUGAAUCUCCUCUGGGAGUUUUGUUGGUCCUGAAACCCAACCUGUAGCCAUAUUUUCUGACCUACGCCUUUCCAACACAUUCACUAUGGAGGCUGUUUAGCCAAUACUCCUUAUACUCCAAUAUAGUAAAGUUUGCUGACAGUCCUGCCAAGAACUCCCACAAAACAGCUGCAGUACGUGCGUGUGGAAACACACCACAGAGAAAGGACAAGGUCACAUCAGGGAGCAACCAGUGCACAACCCCAUGAAACAGAAGUUACGGUACACCCAGCUGACAGGAGAACCUUCCUUCUCACCACUCACAACUGCAGAUUCUACCUAAACGGAAAAGUCCCACUUCCCAGACAACAAUACACUCCAACUCAAAUUCAGGUGAGUAAUCAGAGAGACACACUGGGUCAAAAUUAAUGAUUUUUCCUGAACAUGACCAACGUGAACCAUUUCAGGAAUACAAGAGGGAACAUGGCAGAUACACUCACAAGUAUACUCUUUCAGCUGUACUGGGAGAGAGAAAGAAGCAGGUAACUUCAAUGAACAGAAGAUUUCUAUGAGAACUUAAACUAGUUGGACAGACAUCCAUCCCAUAACCAUGGGAACUUCAACACGUUGCCAUUAAGAUCUACCACACAAGUGAGCAUUCAAGAAAAACAGAACAGUUGACACGGUCAAGAAGUUCUAGAUACCAAAACAACACAUGCCAGGAAUGUUUAAAAACUGCAUUUACACAGCAAAUUUCACAGAGUACCCACAGAGCUUAUCAGUGAAGGCUCUUCUCAGAUGCACAGAAAUUAUUUUCCAACUGCAAACAAACCCUCAUCAAAUAAAUAAAAUCUACUUGGGGCAAAAACAACACUGCAAACACAUUCAGAGUAAAGCAGCACAGUACCACAAGCUUUCUAUUAACAAAUCUGAAGCAGGUAAGAAAGCUUUAAGUACAUAUAAGCUAUUACCCCAAAACACAUUCUUGCUCUUCCCUCCCAUCUUCUACCCAUACAGUAAC